AUGGUGCUCUCCUUUAUUCUUGUCCAGAAUCGUCAGGGCAAAACGAGGCUCGCCAAGUGGUAUGCCCCCUACACGGACGAAGAGAAGGUGAAACUGAAGGGCGAGGUCCAUCGACUUAUUGCUCCCCGCGACCAGAAAUACCAAUCCAACUUCGUCGAGUUCCGAUCCGCACCCUCUUCGUCCGCUUCCACGUCGCACGCCCAACCCCUUGUCCGCCAGAACCUGUCCUCCACAAAGAUUGUGUACCGCCGGUACGCAGGCUUGUUUUUCUGCGUCUGCGUCGACGCCAAUGACAACGAGUUAGCCUACCUCGAAGCCAUCCACUUCUUUGUCGAGGUGCUUGACCAGUUUUUCGGCAACGUCUGCGAAUUGGAUCUCGUCUUCAACUUUUACAAGGUCUACGCCAUUCUUGAUGAGGUGUUCCUGGCCGGCGAGAUCGAGGAGACGAGCAAACAAGUCGUCUUGACGAGACUGGAGCACCUGGACAAACUGGAGUGA